AUGCCUUACACUGAACCUCCCAUAUCAUCUACAUCCUUUUCAUCCGGCGACCCAGCUAGGCAUCCCCGCAUUUACUUCCCCGCAAUCGAGGAGGAUGACGUUAACAAUUCGGCCUCGUCUGCAGCGGGUGCACCGGACAAGCCGUCGCUGCUAGGCCUCGGAAGACCCUCGACUUUCAGACAAUCUUCAUUUCAGGAUCCCAAGCCCUAUCUUGAUCUCAAUGGAAGACGUCGUGUUCGCUCUGCGCAUGCCGUCAGCGUGCCGGGCGCACCUCGGCUGCAGCCUGCUACCAUGUCUGCCUCCAGUCAUGCCCGGAGGAGGACGAUGACUUCAGGUGGUAGCAUCAGAGGGUCUCUGAUGGUGGGUAGAGGCGUCCCGUCGAGCGGCGGUCCCGAGUCUCCAGUGGAGGAGUUUGCGCCCGAGAUAUUUUCGGACGAGUAUGACUUGUCUCAUGAAGGCAAGUGGCACCACUAA